GUAUCUUACCCCUCUGAGUCAAUCUGAUGCUAUUGAAGUGGUUACAACACAUUCAAAACCUGUCUCCUUGUCUUUCAAUCACUGCGCAGCUGAAUAAACAACGCGGACAAUGAGUGCACAUUAGCGUCCAACAAGUGGAGGGCUGUGCAGAGCGGCUCCAGACGUCUCCGGUGGUGGUGGGAUAUCGCAUUGCAAAGCCGAAAGGACGCGUCCAUCCGUAAUCCGACCCACACGGGAAACGCAUAUCAAGACAAAGGUCACAAUGCUACUCACAACUUUCACGACGCACUUUCCCUUGAAUAUCUAUUACGAUAAUGUCGGCGACUUCUGAUUAUAUCCAUCUCCUGGUUCUCAUUCAUGGAAUGUGGGGCAAUCCUGGCCAUCUUGCCGAGAUGAAACGGAUUUACACGGAGACACUCUGCCCGUCUGAUUCCCCACGAGGUCCAAAUAGCGAAACAGUACACAUCCUUGUUGUAGAGACGAACACGGAGUCCUCGACAUAUGAUGGUAUUGAUUGGGGAGGAGAGAGAGUUGCCGAAGAGAUCCGCGCGGAAAGCAAGCGACUCGAGGCCGAGGGGAAGACGGUUACUCGCUUUUCAGUAACUGGCUAUAGCCUUGGAGGCCUUAUUGCUCGCUAUGUUAUCGGAAUUCUGCACCAGCAACAGUUCUUCGACAAGGUUACGCCUGUAAACUUCACGACCGUCGCAACCCCUCACAUAGGUCUCAUCCGAUACCCGUCAUUUCGGUCGUCUCUGUUUGCUUUCCUUGGUCCCAAGCUGCUAAGCCGUACAGGCGAGCAGUUCUAUGCUGUGGAUCAAUGGUCGGCGAGAGGCAGGCCUCUCUUAGAAGUUAUGGCUGAUCCAGAACGCAUAUUUUUCCAAGCACUCUCCUCAUUCCCUCAUGUCACCUUCUAUGCCAACGCUGUCAAUGACAUAACUGUCCCUUACAUGACUGCGGCUGCAGAGCUAGAUGAUCCUUUUGCGGAACAUUUGGCGCAUCAUGUUACAAUAGAAUUCGACGAAAAGUACAAGCCUAUCGUUAAGUCGUGGACUCCUGCACCUCCAGGAAGUGCGCAACCGCCCAAGCCGCGUAUUUUCUCCAGAAAGUGGUUCGAGUCAAUCAAGCCUCGCCUACCGCCAGCAUUAGACUUCAAAUUCCCUUAUAACAUUAUCAUCAUUGUGUCACUCCCCGUUCUCUUUCCUGCACUUCUCAUUCUGGUUGUGGUACGGCUUUCGAUGGACAGUCACUCGUCCCGUUCUCGCAUUAAGCUUCUCGAGGAAGACGAGUCUUACGGGCACCGACUAAUACACGUUGUCGGACAACUGGAGAAGUCGAUGGAGGACGCCGUAGCUGAACUUAUCGACGAUCAGGGAAAUGUCGAACCACAGCUCCCGUCAACAGAUACGCUUGCCGACACUUGUCCACCAGGUACACAUGAUCAACCGUCUGAGGCACAGACGCCGCAGUCGUCAUCGGAGGGCAGUUCGUUGCUCACUCCUCGGCAACGCCGUAUGGUGGCGACCCUCAACUCGCUGCCAGAGCUGAAGAAAGAGCUUGCAUUCAUCAACCCUGUAUUAAAUUCUCAUGCGACCAUCGUUGCACGGGACAUUCAAAAGUUCAAGCACCACGCUAUCGGACACGGCGUGUUGCAACAUGUUGCAGAUCAUUUCACAAUUUAAGUGGGUUAGAGGCAGUUAGAGUGUGCGUGUGCUACUCCUUCUACACUUUCGAGUUGCUUGAUAUUGAUGCCACGUGUAAAUCGGCAGGCAAAAGGGAUUUUUUACAGAUAGCUUUACUUUACUGUCGGACACUUGCAUAUUCUUAUACCAUUCCACCUAAUUUAUUCACAUUGUCACGUACUAAUCGUGUCAUUUCACACUGUGCCCUUGCUUUGUGAGCGAGGCGAGCCACUGCUGAUACCUUCUUUGUUCCACGAGAAGCAUUGCCGCCCUCCGUCGCAUUUGAAGGCACAAUCGUCACAUCCUAUCAGUUGUACUCCUUGUUUCCCAACGCAUUGGGUGGACUGUUGCUUUUCAGUUCUCUGACCUUUGCUUUCCUCUUUGUGAUCUAUUAUGC